AUGGAUAUAGUGACCUAUGAUGAUGUGCACAUUGACUUCACUCGGGAUGAGUGGGCCUUGCUCAAUCCUUCUCAGAAGAGUCUCUACAAAGAUGUGAUGCUGGAGACAUACAGGAACCUCACAGCCGUAGGCUAUAGUUGGGAAGAUCAUAAUUUCAAAGAACAUUGUCAAAGUGCUAGAAGACAUGGAAGGCAUGAAAAAAUUCAUUCUUCAGAGAACCCAUAUGAUUGCAUUCAACAUGAUGAAGGCUUUGCAUGUCACAGUUGUCCUCAAAUAUUUAAAAGAGCACAUGCUGGAGAGAAACACUAUGAGUGUAAUCAAUGCAGUAACAUUCUUGCCAGUCACGGUCAGCUUCAAAAACAUAAAAAGCCACAUUCUGGGGAGAAACCCUACACAUGCAAUCAAUGUGAUAAAGCCUUUUCACAGAACUAUACUCUCCAACUACACCAAAGAACACAUACUGGAGAAAAACCUUAUCAGUGUAAUCAAUGUAGUAAAGCAUUUGCAAGUCAUGACCUGCUUCACAGACAUGAAAGAACACAUAGUAGAGAGAAGCCCUUUGAAUGUAAUCAAUGUGAUAAAGCUUUUUCACGGCGCUCUGGACUCCAAAGACAUGAAAGAAAACAUACUGGAGAGAAACCCUAUGAAUGUACUGAAUGUGGUAAAUUCUUUGCAUAUAAUCAUCAUCUUCAAGUACAUAAAAGAACACAUACUGGAGAGAAGCCCUUUGAAUGUAAUCAAUGUGAUAAAGCAUAUUCACAGAACAGUGCUCUCCGCAUACAUCAAAGGACACAUACUGGAGAGAAACCUUAUCAAUGUAAUCAAUGUGAUAAAUCUUUUGAGAGUCACGGCCAGCUUAACAGACAUAAAAAAACACAUACUGGAGAAAAGCCAUUUGAAUGUAAUGAAUGUUAUAAAACUUUUUCACAUCGCUCUAAGCUCCAAAUACACAAAAGAACACAUACUGGAGAAAGACCCUAUGAAUGUAAUCAAUGUGGAAAAUCCUUUUCCUAUGUCACCGUUCUCCAGCUUCACAAAAGAACACACACUGGAGAGAAACCUUAUCAAUGUAAUCAAUGUGAUAAAGCCUUUUCACAACUUAGUAGUCUCAAAAAACACAAAAGAACACAUACUGGAGAGAAACCGUAUGAAUGUAAGGAAUGUGAUAAAGCCUUUUCACAGGUUAGCAGUCUCAAAAAACACAAAAUAACACAUACUGGAGAGAAACCAUAUGAAUGUAAUGAAUGUGAUAAAGCCUUUUCACAACUUAGUAGUCUCAAAGCACAUAAAAAAACACAUACAAAAGAGAAGCCCUUUGAAUAUAAGCAAUGUGAUAAAGAUUUUUCACAAAGCUCUAAACUUCAAAUACAGAAAAGAACACAUAGCGGGAAAAAACAACCCUAG